AUGGAGUGCAAGGCCGUCGCGGAUCGCGUCGUCGGCGCGCGGGGCAGGCGCCGCGCCGCCGACGCCUUCCUCUCGGCGGACGUGCUGGGCAAGCCCAUCGGCGACGUCAACGACUCGCGCCGGCGCGCGGGCCGCUGCCGCGCGGCGACGAACGCGGUGCUCUGCGCCUCGCUGGCCGAGCGGGCCGAGGUGCCCGUCGGCGCGGACGAGGCCGAGGUCUGGGCCUGGCUCGACCCGCUGCGGCCCUACGCGCCCUACGAGGCCAUGGGCUGGGAGGACUGGCUCGACCAGCUCACGCUCGCCGUCACGCUCGUCGCCGUCGCGUCGAACGACUGCGCCCUCCGCCUGCCGCCGUCGCUCCUCCCGGCCGAGUACGCGCUCGUCGCGGACCCGGCGACGCUGCGGCGCUGCGUGAAGAAGCGGGACGUGCACCUCGUCGGCGACGUGGCGACGUGCCUCCGCGUCUUCGGCGCGGCCGACGACGACGCGCGCGUCGUCGUCGCGCGCGACUUCCUCGUGAAGGCGCAGAUCAGGGGCGGCGUCGAGGCCGGCUCCUGGCCCACGCGCGACGGCGACGCGACGUCCUACGCCGCCUACCACGCGGCCAGGUGCGCCGUGCGGGCGCUCUACGCGCCGACGUUCCGCGGCUUCGGGCCGGCGUCGCCGGCGCUCCGCGGCGUCCUCCGGGUCGCCGGCGACGCCCACGGCCGCUGCGGCGCGCGCGUCUACGGCGCCAGGCACGUCGCGAAGAUCGCGGACCGCUACCGCGAGGAGAACGCGGACGUCGACGCGGCCGCGCGGAACUUCGACCUCGAGGAGCGCGCCGCGCGGCGCCUCGCGGGCCUCCUCAAGUGGAAGCGCGCCAUGGAGGCGCGCACCAUCGACGACUACGACGAGGGCGACGAGCGCGCGCGGAAGAAGCGCAACAAGAAGCGCCUCCGCUAA